AUGAGUAGGUGCCUGUUGUGUAUUCUUAUGUUAUUGAGUGCAUGUAAUGCGUUGCAGGCAGCAGUUGCAGCAAUGGACAAGUCAGCUGCAAAGCAGUACGUCGAAAUAGCGAAAAUGUUUGAUCAGGCGUUAGCAGCCCUAGACACUGCCAGUGCCGAUGAACUUGACUUGGCCGAUGUUCCUCCAUCUCCACCGCCUUACAGAAAAGUUGAGAAACCCGCAACUUUCCUUGAUGGGCUUCAGACUCGAAUGGAAAGAUUCCAGUCGUUAGGCAAGAAGGCAGCUCGAGAAGGCAAUGAAAGGAAGGCUAGAAUGAAUAGACGAAUGGCCGAGCAGUACGCUGCCGCAAUCCGGGACGCUAAGGCAGGACGUCCUGUAAUUGUUGCAGACCUUCCCUCGCUUCCUGAUAUGCCACCAUUACCUCCACAAAAUCCACAAGCAGCUGCCCCGAUCGGACCAGUGCCGGGAGUACGACCACCGCCCGCUGUUGGACCAUUGGCUCCAUCAGGACAGGCUGGAAAAUCAAGGAAUGCGACGCAACUGGAGUUUCUCAUAAAGCGCCAGAACGAGUUCAGACAUGCGGCUAUGCAAGCAAAGGCUAAAGGAAACAUGGAAAUGGCAAAAAAAUAUUUACUGGAAUCCAAGGGUUUUGACAAAAUGAUAGCAGCUGCUCAGUCUGGUCUACCAGUUUCCAUCAAAUCAACUCCUAUUCCUCCGCAAGCAUCCACCUCUCAGGCAACCCUUCAGCCUCGAAUUGUUCCUUCUGCAACGAGCAUCACAGGAAUCGAAGGCCGAGGAGAAGCUCUGUCGAUGAUGGAAAAAGCACUCAUCGAGCAGGUUCAACUGGCGGAAAAUAGUCGAAUGCGAUUCACCAGAUUGGGGGAUGUAGGGAAGGUACGC